AGAAUGUUAUCAAACUUGGCUGCUCUCGUUGAAAACUCGAAACAUUUUACGGCUACUGCGUAGUGCGUACCCUCCAUUACACGUCAACUCUGCUCUCUCUCGCCGAUGAAUCGGAGCAGGCGGAACCCGAGCUCCAGCUCCGGAUCUGUCGGCCGUCGUACGCCGGACCGCUUCUCCCAAUCUCCCAGCUACUCUUCAUCCUCAUCCUCCCACAGGUCAACCACCUCUGCUGGCAACCCGGUCAAAGUUGCCGCUCGGACCGUCGCCGGAGCUUUCGCAGCUUGUUUUGCUCCUCCAGAUUCGAAGGACUCCACUCAUUUUGAUGAUUCCGACUCCUUCAAACCUCCCUCUGUUUAUUCAGGCACUGGCAGUGAGAGGAGACGUAAUUCGAAUCAGAACAUUUGUGCUCAUCCAAACAAUUCAACCCACAUGAAAGAGCCUGGAAGUGUGAAAUUUACUAUCGAAGAAAUCAUUAAAGCUACAAAAAACUUUUCCUUGAGCCUGAAAAUUGGACAAGGUGGUUUUGGGACCGUCUACAAGGGUCGCCUUGGAGAUGGAACUCUUGUUGCAGUCAAGCGUGCCAAGAAGUCUGUUUAUGAUAAGCAUUUAGGAACUGAAUUUCAAAGUGAGGUCCAAACCCUGGCAAAAGUAGAGCAUCUAAAUUUAGUCAAGUUUUAUGGGUUCUUGGAACAUGGAGAGGAAAGGAUUGUUGUUGUUGAGUACGUCUCAAAUGGGACUCUUAGGGAACACUUGGACUGUAUCAAUGGAAAUGUUCUAAAUCUUCCCAAGAGACUGGACAUUGCAAUAGAUGUUGCCCACGCAAUCACAUACCUACAUACAUACACAGAUCACCCAAUUAUCCAUAGAGACAUCAAGUCUUCUAAUAUUCUCCUAACUGAACACCUCCGAGCUAAGGUGGCUGACUUUGGUUUCGCAAGGCUGGCAGCUGAUAGCGAGUCUGGAGCCACACAUGUUUCUACCCAAGUUAAAGGAACUGCUGGCUACUUGGACCCAGAAUAUCUCAGAACCUAUCAGCUUACUGAGAAGAGUGAUGUCUACUCAUUUGGUGUAUUGCUUGUCGAGCUUGUCACAGGCAGGCGUCCCAUUGAGCCUACACGAGAACUCAAAGAGCGUAUAACUGCUAGAUGGGCUGUGAAAAAAUUCACUGAAGGAGAUGCAAUUUUAAUUCUGGAUCCAAGACUGGAAAGAUCUGCUGCAAAUAGUAUGAUUGCAGAAAGAAUUCUUGAAUUAGCUUUACUAUGCUUGGCUCCUCACAGACAUAGCCGGCCUGCAAUGAGGAAGUGCACGGAGAUUCUUUGGAGCAUCCGCAAGGAUUUAUCAGAUCCAAAUAUCUGUUAACUGUGUAGAAACAUAUGCUCAUGUAUGCCAAACGGAGCAGGUUUUUAUGCCACAUGCUGAUGGGGGAUUGUGUUCCAGGAAGCAGCAAAUUGCAUUCAGGAAGGUGGCUCUUUUCUGUUGAUUUUUAGAUGUAUGAGCUGCACAGAAGAAUAUUAAGAAGUAAGUUACUUGAGGAAAUACUUGAAUGCAAGUACACUUCAAUAUUUAGCAAGAUUGUAUAGAAGAAUUUGUUGAAUGAUGUAUGGUAUUUUAUUUGUGCAUAGGAGAUUCAUUUGUGGACACAAUAAAGAAUUUUAUUUAUGUUUUGGGAUGAAUUUCUUUUCUUCUUUUUUUUUUUUCCUCUUGAUAUUCUGUAUUAUAGACUUCAGAUGAAUUUCUUAUGUAUUAUUCUAUUAACCAUU